GUCAAAAGUCGAUCCACGAUUAAGACAGAAGCAAACCAGCUACCAAACACGACGCUGGAGAUUUGAGUAUUGUUCUGCAACUGAGCCCGUUCGCCUCCCUCAAGCUUCAAGCUCCGGCGAGAGAAAUGCUGCAGUUUCCGGCUUUCAUGACCCAGUACCCCUGGUCUACAAGGACAAUUCCGACGUCGUUUUUACUGCCAUCCCAGUGGCCCCAACCCCAAAACGAAGAGCUACUGCUCGCCAUGGAAGAGUCUGAUUUUGAAGAAAAGUGCAAUGAAAUCAGGAAGACAAACAGCAACCUGGUGGUCAUUGGAAAAAUGAGCGCUGACAAUGAUAAGGAAGAUAUAGAGGCAGAAGAUGACGAUGCUGACAAUGGUGAGGAAUCUGAGGCUGAAGAAUUUGAGCAGGAAACUGCUUAAAGCUUACAAUCACUCUGCCAUCUUUAUGGCCUUUCCUGUCUUUGAGAUCCUCAAUUUGCUUCUGUAUUUACUUCAAAACAUAUAAAUUUUUUUUUUAACCGUUUCAAUCUACCACUUUAGAAAAUGA